AUGACGGGUAGAAAACGAAAUUUCUAAAAUUAGUUAAGUUUUCAGGACAACAUAUAUUAAUUAAUUGUUGGCGCGCACCAACAAUAUCUUUGUUUUCCGAUUAUUAUUUCGAAGCGCUUUCGUUCUGUUAGAGAGUUUUCUUGCGAUUUUUGAGAAUGAGUGAAAAGAAGAGUUUUUGGAGGUGGAUUGGAAGGAUCUUCGGACGAAGACAUCCAAGUGAAGAGAAGGUUGAGGAGAGAGGGGAAGAGGCGAAUGAUUCUCUUCCGGACGCAGAAGUCAGUGGACUUCCGCCAGAAUCUUCGGAAUAUUCGAAGGUUCCAGAAGAUGGAGGACUUCCGUCAGAGUCCUCGGAGUGUCAGAAGGAUCCAAGCGUCAGUGGGUCUUCUUCGGAGUCCUCAGAGCAUCCUCCCGAACGUACAGAGCGGGAGAAUCCCAAGAUUCAUUGGGACGAAGCCAAGCUAGCAAGACUCAGAAAGGCUUUUAUGAAGUACGAAAAGGAGCUGGAAAUGAAAGCCAAUUCCCAGCGUGCAAUGUCCAGAGGUCCGCCUGCAAAUAAAGAGAAGUCCAAGAUAGGCUGGAACUUCUCUUUCUGUUGUUUCGGCAGAGGCGAGAAAUCCAAAGCCGAUGUUUAUUCAAACAACUUUCAACAAUAUUGCAACCAGGGAUACGAUAGCCAAUAUCUGGACAUUGCAGAGUAAUUCGAGAAGGAAAUUGGCGUACAUUUUGAGAGAGAGAAGAUAUCCUCUGGCGCAAUACCUCCUUAGGGCAUACUUCGGUCGUUAGGUGAAAAGGAGGAUCAUUUUAUCGAUUUGUGUCGAAUUCUCGGACUGGACAUUUUAACCCAGACUUGACUGUAAACCCGGACUUGACAAAUAAAUCGAACCUGACAGUUUGCUUCGGAUUUGUGACGUUAAAUUCCCGGAUGUGACGGAAGGAUAAUUCGUAAAUGCAUAUUCAAAUAUAAUACAGCAAUUAUUUCUGAUCUUCGUUGUUUGAACAUGAAUGAUGGAUAGUUCUGUCUCGUAAUGUUACAUCAGCCAAUGUAUCGAUUUUGAUAACGCUUCAAAUAGAUUGUAAAGUCAUAAAUUUCGAAACUCGU